AAUGUCUCAAUAUGGUAAAGCAGAAUACUGGGAAGAACGAUACACUAGGUAAAGUCAAUGAUUUUACAGUUAGGGAUCCUGAACCAUUUGAUUGGUAUCAAAGAUUUGCAGGAGUAAAAGAUCUUGUAUAAGCAUGUUUCACACCUGAGAGUAAGCUACUUAAUGUUGGAGCAGGCAAUUCAAGUAAUGAUAAUAUUGAAUAUUUGAGGAUUAAGUGAAGAAAUGUUUGAUGAAGGUUAUUAGAAUAUUACAAAUAUUGAUAUCUCACAUGUAGUUACUAAGGCAAUGUAAGAGAAGUAUAAAGACAAAGGACCAAAUUUCAAAUGUAUGAAAACAGUUUUCAAUUAGAUUUACAUAUGGAUGCAAGAGCAAUGGAUUUUGAAGAAGGAUCAUUUGAUGGAGCAAUAGAUAAAGGAACUUUGGAUGCAAUUUUAGUAUCAUUUCUUUAGAUUUUAAGUGUGGUGAGUCAUCAUCUUCAAAUGCUUAGAAGGUGAUACAAGAAGUUCAUAGAGUCUUAGGGCCUAAAGGAGUUUUCUUUAUCAUUUCAUAUGGUUUACCUGAGCAUAGAUUAUAAUACCUUGAGAAACCUGAAUAUGAUUGGUAAAAUGAAUUAAUAUAUUAAAAUGCAGGAACGUAAUAGUUAAAUAAGUUCAUAAACCUACUAUUUCAACAUCAAUUGCUAUCACAAAUGAAGACAAAGAUGCUCCAAAUGUUCAUUAUAUUUAUAUUUGCUCUAAAGUAUAAAUUUAUAUUAAAUUUAGGGUCAACCCAAAGGAGCUAAAUAAUGAU